AUUUUGUAGAUAAAUCAAUAAGCAGCACUGGAAUACUUAUGCGCAGUACACAAUUUUACCAAAAACAUUUCUCAGAAAUGUUUAAGUUUGUUUGAAGAAAAACCCAACCCAAGUCCAGGUCUACAUCUCUUGUCAAUUUAAAGCUGUAAGUUUUUCAUUACACGGCCUGUCGUAGCGAUCUAACAAUAACUCUUGACACGUAAGUAAUAAGAUAUACUGUCAGGUCAGAUUGAAGCCUCACUUAACUUGUUCACGUGAACACGUCACCCUGGGUAAUAAAAUGUCACUUGUAACCAAAGCGAACCGUCUUAUCUUUGUAAGCUAAAGCAUCACUCGGUAGGUCAGUAGAUAUACAAUGACAUUCAUUGCUGUAGGUAGUCAGUUAAGUUCACAGUUUCUUUCAACGGUUGGAACCUUCUGCGACUUAUUGGUAGUUUGUAUUCCAAGAUGGCUAAGCAACACGAAAGAGAGUGUGCUGUGUGCACAGAAGAAUUCACGACACCAAAGAUUCUACCCUGUGGUCAUCUCCUGUGUCGCGAAUGUGUCAUUUCCUGUUUGGAUUCCAAUCGUAAAGCUGGGUGUCCGCUGUGUAAAUGUGCUAUAGUACAGCACUUCUUUAUAAGUUUGUCCAAGACUGUUGACGCCCUGCCGACAGACUUUGUGAUGGAAGCGCUGGUGGAGAGCGCUCGUGUGCUGAGUAAAGAUCACCUUUGUUGUGUGUGUGAGGACGUCAGGGCGGACUUCAUCUGUAUGCAGUGUCAGGUCAUGUUGUGUUCAGCAUGUACAAACGACCAUAAAAAGCUUUCAGUAAGCAGCAGUCACGAUGUGGAGAGUGUCAGCACUGUGACACCUGAACGUCUGGCUGCCAGCCGCCCUGCACUGUGUGCUGACCACGGCCACAGACUAGCUGAUACGUUUUGCUUCUAUCACCGACUCGCUGUCUGCAAAUCCUGUAAGUCUGAGCACAGAGAAUGCCUGAAGGUGAGUGACCUUCACAAUGAAAUUGAGACAACUCAAAAUUCAUUUACCGAUCUAACAAAGAUUCUUGUAGAAGCGGAGCAGAAGCUAGAGCAGGCUAUAGGACAGGUUACGUCACGUCUACAGGAAGUUGAUGUCAGCGAACAAGAAGACAUGGCGCAGGUGGACAAGACAUGUGACCGACUUCAGAAGCUGGUGGAAGAUGUUCGUAAAAAGUUAAAGGACAAGAAUCACACGUCACAUCUCAAAAUCAGGAAUUCGUUAUGUGCCGUCAAGACUGACCUUAGCAACCGUCUAGGGAAGGUGACGUCACACAAACAAAUUGUGACGCGAGCAGUGGCAGUGUCACCACGUCCUGCACUGAUACACAUGAGACAGCCUCUGACAGACAGGGUCAACAGCCUUGAGAUCAGCUCCGACGUGAACGUAGAGCUGUUAAUGAAGCCCUUGUCAAGUGAAAAACAUUUUGAAAAAGUUGUGGGAGGGGUAGAAAGAGAGCUACUCAAGUUGGAGCAGCAGAAAACAGAGUCAAAGUUGACGACACCGCCAUCAGUCCUUGUGUUCCAUGAAAACUGCGGGACUAACAUUCGACUAACAAUCUGUAACACGACCGCUAAGAAGAUAAACCCAGAGCACAUCGGUGAUGGAGUGGUUGUGUCACGUGACGUUAUGGUGGCAAACGUCUUGUAUGAAGUGGCAGUUGACGAAGUGUUAGCAGAAGACGGCUCGUUAAGCCUGGGUGUGAUAACAAACCCUCAUCCAGGCCUCGUUGUGACGAUGUUUAUCACAGGCCUUAAAGACUCCGUCAUCAUCGAGCCCGACUGCGUCUUUCACCAAAAAUCAAGUGUGAUGAGCACAAUCGGCGAAGGUCUCAAGAGACUUCAAGUCGGGAGUCGAGUUGGGGUCCUGGUGGACACAUCCAACGAUCUUCACCUCUUCGUCGACGGACAGGACCGGGGUGUUGCAGCAAAAGAUGUUAAACAACCUUGUUUUGCUGUCUUUGAUAUGUACGGUACAGUUAAUAAGGUCACAGCACUUCCUCCAUCUAGAAGGAUAUGAAAAAAUGUGAAGAACAAGAAGGCUGUGAUAGGAACAAGUGAAUAUGUUCUUGAUUUACGACAUCAGCCUGGGUAUUGAUAUUGCCGUUGUCAGCCCUCAUGUAUUUAUUUAAUUCACCUGUUUACUAUCCAAAACAAAAAAUGUUGAACUGUUUCGCGUUUUAUUUUUUUCUUUGUUGAAGCCCAUGAAAAAACUAUUAACAUGAGACUUUUAUUGCAGUUAUAUCAGCUGCCCUUUACCCCCUCCAGACACAGUUAUGUACAGACAAAGAUUUUCAAACUGCAUCAUCCCUCCUGCCCAGUUCCCCUUACAGAUUCUUUUCCUACAUAUAUACUUUCUCCCAGGGCAAAAUUAAAGUUGGCUCUCACUUGGCCUUCAUCCGUUUUGCUUUGUUUUUGCUACUCAUUAUCUGAAAUUAUUUUUCGGCAACCGUAAAAGUGACUAGGUGGUACUGUGAGCUUCUCUUUGAUUCUACUCACUCUUUAUCUUUAUCAAUGAAGGUGAAGGUGUGUAGCUCGAUCUGCUUAAACUACCAAGAAUGUACUGCCCAGGCGCUAAAUGAUUCUUUUUGUAUUGUUCCUGGCUUCUCUAUUGCGCUUUUAUUGGUAUUUCAAUAUGUUUCAAGUGAAAGAUUAAGAUUUUUGAGUUUUCGUUGAGAAAUUGUCCUUCAUUUACUCAGUACGAGAUUUA